CAUAAGAGGGUCUUUAAAAGUCUUGGGAUCAAAGGCAGUGUAGAGGAAGUAUUAAUCAUCUUCCUGCUUUGUAAUUGCAGCGAGUAGUACUGCAAUAAAAGCUUUCAGUCAUAGCUGCAAAAAGAGUUAGUUAGCCUGAAAAAAAAAAUCAAAUAAUUAAAGUUAGAGAGAGAUAGUGAUAAAGGGUAAGGAGAAUGGAUUAUUCAUUGUUCUUUUGAAGAAAACCAAAUAUGUGGGUGUCACCUCAAGUGUGUUCCUUUGAUUAUAGCUGAGAAUUCAACAAAGCUCUUUUGUUUGAGUAUAUUUUCUUUUAACCACUCAACCUUGGGAUUUCAAGCCUUUAAUCAUGGAAUCUGAAAAUGUCCAUCAUCAACAUCAGCUUCACCAUUAUAAUCAGCUUCUCGUUGGGUCUUCUUCAUCUUCUUUACCUUGCUAUGGAGUUUCAAGCAGUCCCCAUUCUUGGCCCCCUACUAAUACUUUUAAUACCAGUGAGUUCAAUCAUAAUGGAGCUCUGUUGCAACCAUGGACUAACAAUGAAGGAACCUUCAACAACCCGUCUCAGCACAAACUAAUGCUCAAAACAGUAUCUUCUAGUUUCCCAAUGUUAUCACAAAGCUCUGAAUUUUACCCCAAUACCCAUAAUUUACCUCCUUUACCUACUAAAGGGAGUUUCAGCCAUAUAUACCCUAGUAUAAACAUUUCAAACUUGAACCAAGCUAGUUCCAUGGAAGCCUUUGAUCUCUUAAGCCCUUCAAGACUUACCAAAAACAGUAGCUUUAAGCAUUAUGCUUCAGAGGAUCAUCAUCAUAAUCUUGCUUCUUUUGGUCAUUCUCACCAACAAUUUCAGUUGUCUAAUCAAAGGCUAGCUUGUAAUAAUAGCCCUAGUAAUAUAUCAUCUUCCUUCAACACUGAAACACUAGAGGCAAAAAGAUCAGGCAAUAUAUUAAAGGAAGCAAAGGCAUCAACAGCAACCAAGAAAUCUCGUUUGGAGUCACGCGCAUGUCCUCCCUUUAAGGUUAGGAAAGAGAAAUUGGGAGAUAGAAUUGCAGCUCUCCAACAUUUGGUUGCUCCCUUUGGCAAGACAGAUACAGCGUCCGUACUAAUGGAGGCUAUUGGAUACAUCAAAUUCCUUCAGAAUCAAGUUGAGACAUUAAGUGUUCCAUAUAUGAAGUCAUCUCGUAAUAGAACAUCUAGAUCCAAACAUGGGGGUUCAAUGAUGGAGAUGGGAAACGAAGAAGAAACAAGGCAAGAUCUUAAAAGCCGAGGUCUAUGUCUAGUACCAUUGUCAUGCAUGUCUUAUUUGACCAUCGACAACGGCGGAGGCGGCAGCAGUGGUAGCUUUUGGCCACCGCCCAACUUUAGUAGAGGAUUUUAACGAACAAUUAAGAGACAUUAAAACCUUGGGAUAGAUGAUAAAAUACUAAUUUAUUUUUGCAAGCCCAUAUGCCGACUUUACUAGCUAGGAGGGAUAAUUCAUAAAAGCUUACCCUUUUUUUUUUUCUUUAUACAAUGUUUAAAGUUAUCGAUAUUUCUUUCUCAAUCUUUAAAUAAGAGAAAAAAUGAGUUUCAACGUA